AUGUCGGAGGAAGCAACAUCCGCCCCACCGGUCACCACAGAAAAUGGAGAGAAAUCGGCUGAAGAUGAAACUACCAAAAAGGAAGACGAAACUACCCAAAAGAUGUCUGAAAUUAAGAUCAGCGAAGCUGCUGAAGGUGAAGGUGGAGAACCAGCAGAGGCUGAGGCUAGAGAAAAUGGCGAUGACGGUUUCCACACACCAGAAGCAACGGAUGAAGGUACAAAAGAAGUUGCCGAUGGAUCUGUCAAACUUGAUGAUGACGAAAUUGAGGACAAUCCUGCCUAUAUACCUAGGAAAGGCAGGUAUUAUAUGCACGAUUCUCGGGACGCAGAUGAAGAAGUAGAAGAGGAAAAGAAGAUAAGCAGAGCUGAUGGAACUUGGAAACAUGAUAGGUUUGAUGAGAGAUGGCAGCGCCCGAAAACCAAGAAGCAGAUAAUGACACGCUAUGGCUUUGAUAUUCGCGAAGGAGAAACACAGGAAGAGGCCGAACAACGAAAACGCUCAGAAGAUGGCAAGAAGGAGGCUGUCAGGGACGGGGAGCCAACAGGAGUUAAGAGACGAUUGAAGAGAGAAGUGAGACAAAAACCGAGACAGCGAACUGAAAGGACCAACGAAACGGUGUCCAAGCAACCAACACGAAGGUCAGGCACGCAGAAACCUGAAAGGCAAACAGCAGAGGAGAAGUCUUCUCAAGGGAAUAGUGAUGAGAGAGUUGCGAAUGAAAGGCGGGUCAAUAAUGACGAUGAUGACGACCUGCACGUUGGUCAGCGACGUCAAGUACGUCCAGAGCACCGGCGCGAUCGCAACGAGCGUGUCGAUGUUCGUGUUGUUCGCAAUGUACGUGGCAGCCGAGGCAGUAUGGGCGUACAUCGGAUGGAUAGGCAUCAACCUUUGAGAGAGCGUCAUGACAAGGACCGUGAAGCGGAUACUGAUCGUUACCGAAAGGACCGACAUGUUGAAGAAAGAGGGUAUGAAAACCACCGGCGUGGCGCCAUGAGAGGAGCGGUUAGAGGAGGUUUCCUGCACUUUCAACUGGUCUCUUCGAAUCUUGACUCUUGCUAUCCUUGCUUAUUCUUCUUCUCUCCACUUCUGACACUGCCUCAACUUUCAUUCCUGUUCAUCUUUUCUCCUAUUCCAUUUUCAGCUGGAAACUCUUACGGAGCGUCACGCGGGCUAUCUAUGCGAACAAUUACGGCAUCGGCUCGUAGCGGUGAAGUGCGUGAACCUACCUAUCAACGCGAUGAGGUGCCUCCACAAAGAAAUGCAGGCUACUCUCCGAGAGCUCUGGACAGCGGGAGCUAUUACGAUACUCGAGGAGGUUAUGGAACUCGAGGUGGAUACGCUGGUCGUUCACGUGGCGGUCUUCCUCAGUCGCCUCGCGGCACCUAUGCUGAGCCAUACCCACCGCGCGGAUUCACUGGUCCGAAGCGAUAUUCAGAGCAGAGAGGCGAGAUUUUGCCACCACCUGCUCCGAUCACCGUUCCUCCUCCUCUUCCGCCACCACAACACAACUUCAGCAUACCUCGCCAACCGACCGAUGUGGUGUACUUUGAUCCUACUCAGCAGCCUAGCAGACAGCCAUUGCCACCGCGUGAAAAGAAGAUCAUUGAGAUUGUGCCACCCUCGAAAUAA